GGAAGAAGUAUAAAAUAUCAAAGCACAUACGUAGUAUAUCAAUGAUCUCAGCUUUAAAGAUAAAACUACUCCGUAUUUAUCUUGUCUGCAAAAUCACUCGUCUAAAAAUGAUAUGUUUAGCUUCUUCUAGCAAGGAAACGUAAACCAUUUUUUGAAGGAUUGCAGUUAUGCCAUGGCACAUUUUUUUGAAUUCGUCUCUCAUACAUACGGAGUCUCAUACAUACCGACAUACGGAGUAUGAAAUAGCAGCAUUCGCAUGAAAUGAAUAAAUGAAUUUGCUCCUUCUCUUACAAAAAUACAAAAACGAUACUCCGUACUCUGCUAUAUUCUCAUUUCUCAAUAAAAUCGUGCUGCUGCAUUGGCCGUACUCUCUCUCUCUCUCAUCAGUUCGCCGGCGUCAUACACUUACUAGGCCGGUCAGUCGCCGGCGACCACCGAAGUGUAGUAGAGAGAAGCUUUCACCUCCGACAACGUGGUUUGUUGCGUGUCCAGAACUGAGCUUGGAAACAGGAUUUUGCUGAAAGGUGUAUCAAUCACUCUGGCUUAGGUGGCUUGACAUAACCAAACUGAUUAGGUUUAUCACUGUGACGGACCUGAUAUGAUGGAUUCAAAAGAAGCAACCUCAUCACAAAUUGGGAUUGUGAAUGACAAAGAACUGAUAGUUCAUGAAUGGGAGAUUGUAUUCCCAUCCUCAUUCUCUCCAUCAGUGACAUCUAUGAGCUGGUAUGCAUAUUUGAAGUAUGCUAUAGGCAUAUUCAACAUUCGGGCUAUUUCAAGUGAUGAGAAUGUAACAGUUCCGGCUUUGAAGUUCAAUGAUCAGUAUCUCAGUUCUUUUGAAGAUUUAGAAAGGUCAUUUCCUGUAGCAAAUGUGCAUGAUGACCCCUUGAUCCGAAGAUGCAUCGCAGAUUUGGAAAAUGCAGUAUUGUGGACUUUAUACUCUUUUUAUUUAGAAGAUCUCAACCACGUCCCUCAGAUGGAUGAUUUUAAACAGCUGAUGCAACAUCUUCCAGAGUCAGUUGCAUCUCAUAACAGUGCUAUUGCGGCGAAGAUGCCUGAGAUACUUUCCAAAGCUGAGACAGCAUUCCAUGGUCUAGCAUUGAGACUAUCUGAUUCCUCAUAUUUGCUUCAGGCAAACUCCCCUUCUGUGUAUGAUGCAAAAUUAGUGGCAUCUACCUCAAUCAUAUUGAAAACCUUGGAAGAUUCUCAACUACACUGGAUAUUUCUAAAGUACUCCAACAUUAUUGGACAUGUUGAGAGAUUCUAUUCACAUUACGUUGAUGACGCACCAGUGGAUUUUUCGAAUGCCAUUUCUGACACAUUACUUCGGAAGAUUGAGGCGACGGGAGUCCUAGUUGGAGAAGGACAAUACUCAGAGUCAUAUGCGUAUACGAUAGAAGAGGGGGAUCCUAUGCGGUUGCCACCAGGACGCUAUGCAUUCAAAAUUAGCCGUCGGGGCUACUACAUCUAUGUGAAGGGGGAGAUUGAUUUCAGGACGGUGGAUAGGUUUUUAUAUGGAGAUAGGGUGCUCAGGUUGAUAGGCCGUGGGUGUAAUGAUGUUUCUAAACGAGCUUGCUUGGUUACAGAGUACAUCACUGAUGGUACCCUCCAGCCGCGGUUACACGAUUUAGGCUUGCGCUCAAUUGUGAAAGUCUUACAUGGCAUAGCCUUCGGGUUGCAUUUGAUUCAUUCCCACUUUCCUAUUUCACUUAUUCAUGGUGAUCUUAAACCGGAGAACAUUCUGUUAAAAGGUGAUAAAGCUUUAUUGGGCGAUUUUGGCACGAUCUCAUCUGUUGGUGAGAGGCGUAAACGGUCAGAUCCUGUUUACGAUGACUCUUAUUGGGGUGACAUUGAUUGCGCCAAGGCUGAAAUUUACUUUAUAGGGGUUCUAAUUUUUGAAAUGAUGACUAAGAUUCCUGUUAAACGCGAUGAAGGUGAUCCACUUAUUAACAGAGUCAGUAGGCUCAUUCCUGAUUCAGGUGCUUGUGAACAUCAAAUCCAGGAAUACCUGCUUGUCCAACCUGAGUACAAUAGAUAUUUAGGGGGUGUUUGGAUCUGAUUCUCAAAACUGAUUCAGCUCCUUCAGGGAGCAGAAGCAGAAGCUGAAGUGUUUGGGUGAAAUUCCAGAAGCACUUCUGGAGCUCUAAUUUACUCUCAGAAUCAGUUUUUUUAGAAGCUGGGGGAUACUAGCUUCUGAAAACUGAUUCUGAUUCUGCUUCUGCUUUUAAAAAAGAAGCAGAAGCAGAAUCAGUUCCAAACACCCCCUUAGUAGCACAACUUAUAGAUUUAGGGAAAAAAUGUAUCUGCGAAAACAGGCGUGAACGUCCUGCUACUUUCCAAGUGGCUGACGAGUUGUAUAGCUUAAUGAAAGCGACUAUUAGUUAGUAAUUUAGUACUGAUGUGAAGUUUUCUACACCAUUGAAUUAUACUUCUAAUUCCUGUACUUAUGGAUCGUGUUGGUAAAAACUGCCUGGAUGAAUCUGCAAAAUGACUUCAGUAAAAAUAAAACAGCUCCAGAUGCGAAGGUGUCUCUUGAUGCAGACCCGUCCAUAAAGCAUUUAAACAGCCAACAAUCGAAUAUUCUCAAAUAUUGAUCUAUUAAAAACGUAAAUGACACAUGACGAGUCAUAUUUACAAUUAUGGCUGGACUCGGGCCGGUUCGGGCCUGGGCCCAGCCAGGCCUCGGUUCAUGAAAGGGGAGGCCCGGAACCGGCCCGGGUAACCCUUGGGUCCGGGUCGGUCCGGGCCGGGCCGGGCCUCGGUUCAAUUUAAAUUUUUUUUUGGCUUUUCCUAAUUAACCCCCAACCCUCCCCGGCUCCCCCCUCACCCCCAAACAACUCCAAACCACCUCAAAUGGCCCAAAAUACCCAGCCCAACCCAAAAACUUAAAAAAAAUUCAAGAAAAAAGAAUAAAUAAAUAAAUUGGCCCAAACCGGGUCUGAAUCGGCCGUGCCGGUUCACCUUUUGAGGGGCCCGAGCCCGGACUGGAACCCUAGCGGGUCGGGCCUACCCGGACCGGUUCAAACAGUAACCGGUUCAGGCCGGUUCAAACAGUAACCGGUUCAGGCCGAUUUAAACAGUAACCGGUUCGGGCCGGUUCCGGGGUAGGUCGCCCGGCCCGAGUCCAGGCCUAUUCACUAUAAUGCUCAUCGGGUGUCAGGAUGUGGAAGUUUUGGAUAUCGUCUCACGGGAUGGUGUGAAUGGAAAAUCAAGUAUGAAAUCAAUUUAGGAAUCUAAUAACAAGCGUGGUGCGGACGAGAAUAGCUGCCUGACCUGCCUCUGACUCAAAUUUCAACUCCUUUUUCUCGCUCCGGAGAAAAUAGGAUCGAGAAGUUGCUACUUGUCACGCCGCUAUGAUUUUUUGUAAGAUCCGUUACAAUCUCAGUUCACGGUCUAACAACAUUGGAAGCCAUGUCUAGGCAAAAGAUCGCAGAGAGGAGCAAUGUGCCGCCGACGUAGCUCAAGAGACAGCAGCUAAAGUAACAGACGUUCAAGGAGUGGUCAAACUACGGCGAAUUGCCAAAGGGGUGCUCGGCGGCGAAGAUGUGGUGGGAACCGUGGCUGAGUCUAGACGAGUUGAACUCGCGAGUUGAAGCGUUCUUCCAGAAGUUCAAUGAGGAGAUGAGGUUGCAAAGGUAGUCUUAAAUCUUAAUUAAGCGAGGUCCUUGCAGCAGCACAUGGAGAUGAUCAAGCAUGGAGCCUUCUGUCUUAAUUAAUUUUCCGUAAUUCGUCAAAAAAAUAAUUAUUAAUUAAAAAUUUGAUAUAUUAGCCUAGCUAUUAAUCAAUUUGUUUUCUUAAACUUACUUCAUGAAGUGGUAAUUAAGGAUUGAAAAUGGCGUAGUGUGCCCUCUUGUGCUUUGCUUAUGAGAAACUUCAAUUUGAUAGAGUUUUUUUUGCUUCCAUUGAAAUUUGGAGUACCUUACCUUGUAUUCCAACUAUUUUUAUUCUCUUGACUACAAAACUUCAAUUUCAAUGAUAUUAUUAUCAUCUAUUUUAAUCCAUACAUAUAUAGUAGGUGAGAUGAGGAUGAGGCCCCAUGAACGGAUUGUUCUAGCUAGUUUAUAAAGAUAGAGCUAUUUAAUGGUAAGACUUAUAUGCUAGAGGUACAAAAACUCUUACAAAAAGUCUUACAAAAGGGAUAUGUGGCAUCAUCACAUUGUUUAACAUAUCACACCACCUUUACAACAUAUUUACAUCAAAGUUACAUCAAAUGUAAGUAAAAUAGCCACAUCACUUAAAAACUCUUCAUGUUACAAUGUUGGUUUGUUCAAAGUGUCAGUGACCAAAUGCGACAUAUUUUAAUUUGAAGAAACUACAACGAUUUUGAUAUAAUUAUACUCUACUUUGUCAUGAAUGAUCUGGUCCUCUAGCAAAAUAUUUAAUUGAAAUAGAAUAUGCUCUGUAAAACAGGUAUUUGCAUAAAUAUUGUCGCUAUGCAUGUAUAUUUAUAGGUUGGCACUUAUCUAUCUUACAUGGAUACUUCAUCCAGAAUCUACAGGACAUGGGUAUGAUCUUACGGGUUACUUUUCUAAAGAAAAGUGGACGAUGUCUUGUGCUAUCUCCCCUCAAUACUAAGCUUUCUGAAUGCAAUCAGUAAUACUACGUAUAAUGGCAAUUAGAAGCAUCUAAAAUAUUAUGAUGGUCAAUGAGGGUUAAUACCCUUUUAGGAAUGAAAAUUUUGUUGGUGUAAACUCUAAGCUAUGUAUGGUUGUAGAUCAUGAUAAAGGCAGAGUACACUUCUUAUUUUUCACUGCUUUAUACCCGCGUUUUCUGUUGAAUAACUCUCGCAAGGUUCUGACGCCAUCCAAUUUCUCUAGGUUCGUUAACCUCUUGCCAGGUUUUAAAUUGGGAUGUUUAAAUCCUAAAAUCAUAACCGCAUGCCUCAAACUCGAUUGUUGGCGCCGGUGAGUGAAGUAGAACGACGGACGAGAGAUGGCUAAGACCACUAUGGGUAUAAGAGCUAGGAAAUUGGGCGAGACCGGAAGAGCUGCGAGAAGAGGCUAAAGACAACGGAAAAAUUGGGCGAGAGCAGAAGAACUGCGGGACCGGAACGUUCCCAAAACUUUCGCAAUUCAUCGGCUUCCUCGCACGGAUGUGGCGAAUUUACAGCCUGCAAUACAACAUAUUCACCGUACCAGACAAAGUUAUUACUAAAGCUUUACUGCCCUAGAACAAUGUAUGGUUCUUUGUUUUCUCGCUUUUAUUCUCUGUGUCUUUGUUUGGAUUAUAUCCAUUAAAAGAACUUAUGCUUAUUUACUAAGAAUAAGAUGACAUCUCAGUAUUUAGAAUGUAUAUGGCAAGUUAGCACUAAAGUGGAUUUGCAAGGAGUUGUGACAUCUCAUUAUUUUGGACACUUUACAUGCCUAUCAAUAAUUUUCACUUUUACACAAUUAUUUUAUUUAGUUCAACCACAAGAGACAAAAUUUUUUCCUUCAUAAUUAUUAAUCUUGAAAGAAAAGACGGCUUGUAAGUUUGUAGUUUGCAUUUCCCCCACUGAUGUAUUAUUAUUAAUACAUUGUUCUAGGGCUUAUUAUAAUUAAUUUUAGUUGGUUUUGUUUCUACUUCUCAAGUUUCAAAUUAAAAUAUUACUUACUUUUUCCAUAUAUUUUUAAAUAUUUUAUUGUGUUGUAUCAUUUAGGUGGUGUCUUUCAAGGCAUGUUUUCCUAGCCUUUAACAAAAUGGUUUGUGUUCCUAUUAUAAUAUUAUUAUCAUCAUGAUCAUUAAUAAUAUUAUUAAUAUUGGUAUUGUUCUUACUUUGGGAAUAAGAAAUUGUUUUGAACUAACAUUUGUCAUUGUAUUGUUCCACCAUCACCCUCAUCUAUAACAAGACUGCUAUACUAUAGCUAUGAAUUUUUAAAUCUUUUUGGUUCACCAGUUUCUUAUCCAUGAUAUAAAAGUAACUGCACAUCAUGCCAUGGAGUUUGAGUUUUGUUUUUUCUUUUCUGUUUGUGCUUUCAGAAACUUGCACUAUAUUAUAACUUGCCUAUUAAGAGUUGACUAAUUAUGCUUAGUGUGUUAUUUGAGAAAACAUAUUUAGCUUGAUCGUGCAAGUUACAUCCCACAAUGCAUUAAAAGAAGAGGUUAAUGCUUUUGUAGCCCUCUGAUUAUGAACCCCCUUCUUUAGAGACUUUAAAGUAGAGAAAGCCCUUAAACCAUGAAAUAAAAAUCAUCUUAAGGUGUACGUUUGGAAUGUGAAUGAUUAAUAUUUUGUUCUAGCUCUCAAGGUAAAAGAUCUAGGUACCACUAAACACAUAACUCGAUGAGAAUUUUAGGUUGUUUUUUCCUUGUAUAUGUUUGUUUAUCAAGUGAACAUGAUAAUGGUGACAUUCAUUUUGAUAAUGUAUGAUUUAAUUUAGCUGCUGCGACCUAGAGAGUGAUAUGACAUCCACAUUGAUACUGAGGUUGCAUCCUUCUCAAUAGAUCUAUUUCUCCAUUUCAAACUUGAUUUGUCAUUUGCAUAUGGUCUUCCUGAUGUGAUACAAUAUUGUGAUUUUUCUUUUUUUUUUUUACAAUAAUGUGAUAUUUAAUUAUGUAUUUUAGUCAAGUCAAUCUGAUGAUGAUCCAUACAUAAUUUCCCCAAAAAGUUAAGGCUGUCAAUGCAUUCCUUUACACCUUUACAAGUACUGAUUACUUGAUUUUCGCCUUCUCGUUAUCUUCUAUCUGCUUGAUUUCAACAACUGUUAGGGUAAAUUUUUAUUCGAAGGAAAUCUGGAAUCAGUAAUGGAGGAGAUUACUGAAGGAAUCAACAACGUUAGUAUCACCGGGGGUGACAUUCAGAAGAAGAAUCGUAUAUGCCAAGAAGCCACUAUUCUUUUACGUCAAUCUAGCCAAGUGGUAUAUGCAGCAGCCACCAGCACAAUGAGGUUGAGCUCUCUGGGCUUGGAAUGGCUAUUUCCACUGUAGUUCAGUAACUGAAAUUCUGAAGAACAAUGGUUUGGCUAUUGAGAAGUGGAUCAUGACGUCAACAGUUGAUGUUCGAGAUGAUUCAAGAGGACGUCCAGUCCCAAAAGCCAAAAUUGAGGCUGGGGAAGGGUGACAUAUGUGAUGACCCAAUUGCAGCAGCAGCAGCAGCUGCGAAGGACCAACAAGUUGGUGGUGAAGAACAAAGUUAAACUUAUGACUUUCCUGUCAUCUUUUUCUUCUUUCGUGUCUUGUGACAAGUUUUUGGAUUCUUGUUUUUCAUUCGAGAACUCCAUUAAUGUGUCUCUAUUAGAGUAAAUGAAAUCAACACGACCACUUUUGUUAGAUGGUAUCUCUUUUUUUUCUUCCUAAAAAAAUAUGUACAAGAAAGUAUAAAACGUUUAUAUUUAGCGAUGCCUACAAGUAAAUUCUAACUUUAUACCA